AUGAUCAAACGGAUAUUCUUCACCUUCGAUGAACUUCGGAGAACGGCGAGCAAUAGCGAACUCGACUGUCCGGCGAUGGAGGCGAGACGCGAUACAAUCAUCGCGGACUAUCGAUCGCAGACAGGCGCUAAUAUCCGACUGCUCGAAGUCAUUUUCUCCUGGGAUUCAAUUACGCAGGUUGUCGUCCUUGCUGAGUUCAGACAGAGUAGCCUGGAGCCGGAAAAAUGGAACCUUCAUAGGAAUGUCGUUCACAUCGAGAGGUUCAAGAAACGUCCGAGUCCGGAUUCGAACGAGUGCGCCGUCUGGGACGAAUACUUCCAACAAGUCUGA